AGCUUCAAUUUCACUUUUGUGUGCUCGUGAUAUAUCCCUCUCUCUCAUCGUCUGCUUUCCCUGUUCCUUCUCAUUAUUUCAUGGAUUCUUGCCGGGAAACCGCUUUUGGGCCUGUCCGAAACCGCCGUUGUAAUUCGCCGACAGAAACAGAGAUAUAGAACGGCGAAAGAAAAGGGGCAAUUGCAAUUGUUUUCAUUUCUGUCGUGUUUACGGAGUUGUCAAAUCCAAUGGCCGUGAGUUUUGUUCUGUUUUUGGUUUCGGUUCUGAUACUGGGUGGGCGGGUGGACUCGGAGCCGGUACAGGACAAGCAAGCUCUCCUUGCCUUCAUCCGGCAGACGCCGCACGCCAACCGGUUGCAAUGGAACGAAUCUGUUUCAGCUUGCGACUGGAUGGGGGUUCAGUGUGACGGGAAUCGCUCAUUCGUGUUCACCCUCCGCCUCCCCGGAGUAGGCCUUGUGGGUCCAAUCCCUCCCAACACUCUCGGUCAACUGGGACAGCUCCGAGUAUUGAGUCUCCGUUCUAAUCGUCUUUCCGGUCAGAUCCCCGCCGAUUUCUCCAACAUGACCCUUCUCCGCAGUCUUUAUUUGCAGGAUAACAAGUUUACUGGUGAGUUUCCGGAUAGUGUCACUCGUUUAACUCGCUUAAAUCGGCUUGAUCUGUCUUCCAAUAACUUUUCGGGUUCUAUCCCUUUCGCCGUCAACAAUUUGACCCACUUGACUAGACUUUUCUUGGCGAAUAACAAGUUCUCCGGGAAUCUGCCAAGCAUCAACCCCGGUGAUUUGGUGGACUUCAAUGUUUCCAAUAACAAUCUCAACGGUUUGAUCCCAGACACUCUGGCCAAAUUCCCUGCAUCGGCAUUCACGGGAAACCUAGAUCUCUGCGGCGGUCCGCUUCCGCCGUGCAAUCCCUUUUUCCCCUCUCCAGCCCCAUCCCCGAUUCUACCCUCUCCGCCGGCCAUUCCCCAAAAGAAGUCCAAGAAACUCUCAACCGCAGCCGUUAUUGCCAUCGCAGUUGCCUCUGCCAUCGUCGCUUUCCUAUUACUGCUGUGCCUCAUUCUGUGUCUGAGGAGGCAGAAGCGGCUGCAACCGAAGCCGGAGAAACCACCUGUAAUGCCGCGCACGGUUGCGGCAGAGGCGGGAACAUCGUCGUCAAAGGACGAUAUCAUUGGUGGGUCGGCAGAGGCGGAGAGGAACAGGCUGGUGUUCUUCGAAGGAGGGAUUUACAGUUUCGAUUUGGAAGAUUUAUUGAGGGCUUCUGCAGAAGUACUGGGAAAGGGUAGCGUCGGUACCUCCUACAAGGCGGUGCUGGAGGAAGGAACCACGGUGGUCGUAAAGCGAUUGAAAGACGUGGUAGUGAGCAAGAAAGAAUUCGAAAUGCAGAUGGAAGUUCUGGGCAAGAUCAAACACGAAAAUGUAGUACCCUUGAGGGCCUAUUACUAUUCCAAAGACGAGAAGCUCCUGGUUUACGAUUUCAUGCGCGACGGUAGCUUGUCUGCUCUGCUUCACGGUAGCAGGGGCUCCGGGCGGACCCCGUUGGACUGGGACAACCGGAUGAGAAUUGCACUCAGUGCCGCAAGAGGCCUAGCGCACCUUCACAUUGCCGGGAAAGUGAUCCACGGCAACAUCAAGUCCUCCAAUAUCCUGUUAAAACCCGAACACGAUGCCUGCAUUUCAGAUUUCGGACUCAACCCCCUCUUUGGCAACACCAUGCCGCCCAGCCGAGUGGCUGGUUACCGUGCACCAGAAGUCCUGGAGACCCGGAAGGUCACAUUCAAGUCCGACGUGUACAGCUUCGGUGUGUUGCUGCUAGAGCUAUUAACCGGCAAAGCACCUAAUCAAGCGUCUUUAGGUGAAGAAGGGAUCGAUCUUCCGCGGUGGGUGCAAUCGGUGGUCCGGGAAGAAUGGACCGCGGAGGUGUUCGACGUGGAAUUGAUGGGGUAUAACAACAUAGAGGAGGAGAUGGUGCAGCUGCUGCAAAUCGGAAUGUCAUGCGUGUCCACAGUACCAGAUCAAAGACCCAACAUGGCAGAGGUGGUCCGCAUGAUUGAGGAGAUCAACAGAGGGGACACCGAUGACGGAUUGCGGCAGUCGUCUGAUGAUCCAUCAAAAGGAUCAGACGGUCAUACUCCUCCCACCGGAUCAAGGACCCCACCCAGAUCAGUCACACCAUAGAAAAAAAGAAAAAAAGGAAAAGGAAAAGGAAAAGGAAAAGGCAAAGGUAAAAAGGACCAUUCUUAAAAUGCGCACGGAGCGUAAGUAGAGUGAUAAAGUGCGCAGUUGAUUGUGGUGAUGUAUUUUAUUUUGCUUUUAUAAUUUUUUAUUUUAUCUUGUUCAUUUUUAAAAUUUUCAUUUGUUUAAAAAAUUCGAAUUGUUUUUGGAGGUGGUGGGAAUUGGGAGUGUCAUGCACUGAUUGGAAUUUGACCAUUUGAUGAAUUUAGUUGGGUUUUUACUUUUUAUUUCAAGAUUGUCCUUUGUAUUAAGAUUUGUGCAGUUCUGCUUCAAAGGAGCAGGCAUUGUUAGGGACCCUGUGGCUACUAUAAUUUUAUAUUUUUGUUAAGAUUAUUAAAAUUGUUAAAUUUUU